CUCUCUCUAGGUCUGGGAGGAUAUUUGAGAGGAUCCUCCCUCCAGUGUGGCUGUUGAGUCCACAGCACAUUGCAAAUUAGUAAUAAUAGUGGCUGGCCCCGUAAAGCUUCAUAAGUGGCACACAAGGGCUCCUUUAGAUUGGGCCAGAAUUGAUCCUAAGGAGAAUCUGUGUGAUGAGUUGGCCGCACGCACGGCGGAAGAAUUGGACAUUUCCUUUGAGCUUGUGAUCCCAAGUGCCCACACACCUUUAGUUGGGCUGGCUCCGCUCAGGCAAAAGAUGGGCAUAUACUUGAAGAUUAGCCUAGCUAGUCAAUGGUGAGAUAGGAAGCUGUCUUUGAUACGGCCUGAUAUGUAUCAUAUGCGUCAUAUCAGUAUCGGUAUCAGCUGUGACACCAUUGGUACAAUACCCAAUUACCUAUUACCCUGGGGGUAAGGUUUUAAAGAAAGGAAUAGAAAUUCGGAUUAAUCCAGCUGAUUUUGAUCCGAUUCUAAUCUUGCAAAGGCUUCUAUUUUAAACUCAAUUGGUUUGAAUUGGGGUGAUUUUCAAAAGUUCUUAUACAAGAUAGUUGGGUUAUUCACAGUCGUGGGAUUAUAACAAUACUCUCCCGAGUGGCCGUUCUUUGCGGAUUUUGCCUUUGUGAGUGGAGCAGGUUAUGAUCGACGAAGGUUCAAUACCGAUUUGAAAUUGAACGUACCCUUUUUGAGUCGUGACUCGUGACUAGUGACUCUUGACUCACCAAGUUGGUCACGCUAAAGAAGAGGAUAAUACUACGACUACUCGGCAGCUACAUGCUAUUAAUACUUGUCUCUACAAAGCAGACAACAGAGAGGCACGUUCGUUGCACUCGGACAUGCCACGCAAUCUUUUACCCUAACGUGUCAACGCAUUAUCAUUCAACUGUAAACAGUCGACACGUGUAAUUCAUAUAUGACAUUUAUCUCACACACGGGGGACACCGCACACAAUUGCUACUUACUAGUCCCCUACCACUACCCUUUCCAGUUUACACCAUUUUUGCCUAUAUAAACAUCAACAAGCCCUGCAAACUCAAUUCCCUAGUCAUUAAGGUCGAUCAACCGGUUUUAAUUUGUUACCUGAAAAAUGUCGUAUUUGAGAGACGAAUUUGGGAAUCCGGUGCGCCUCACAGAUGAACACGGAAACCCAGUCCAGCUCAAAGAUGAGUACGGUAAUCCUAUCUACCAACAGGGCACCGACACUGGUGCGUAUGGGUACGCUACAACGGGGCAGGGCCACGAGUCUUACCCCACCACCGGAAUGGGAACGGGAACGGGAACGGGAACGGAAAUUGGUGGUCAGGGUUACGGAGGCGGUGCACCAAUGGUCGGGACCGGAUGGGUUGAUGGUGUGCAGCAUCAGCAGCAACUGCAUCGCUCCGGCAGCUCUAGCUCUAGCUCUAGCUCAUCGGAGGACGACGGACAAGGUGGGAGGAGGAAGAAGAGUUUGAAGGAGAAAAUAAAAGAGAAGUUGCCUGGAAAACACAAGGACCAGCUGCAAACCACAACCACCACUACUACCACUGCCACUACUGGCGUUGGAUCUCACGGGCAGAUGCAGCAUCAUGAGCCGACGCAGGAGCAGCGUCACGAGAAGGGGUUGAUGGAGAAGAUAAAGGAGAAGCUCCCUGGCCACCACAACUAAAUAAACUAGAGGGUUUGGAUAUAUAUAUAUAUAUAUAUAUAUAUGUUACAGUAGUGUAUUAGGGUUUGUUUUCCGUUAUUAGUGUGUUUUGCUUUGUCGCUGUAUAUUGUAAGUAGGUCACUUUGUUACAUGGGCAUAUGUUUGUUUAUGCUCUAUUUGGAGUUUUGAACUAUCAGUCUUUCCUUCAGGCUUUGUAUCUGUGAAUUAGAAAUGGUACCAAACUAUCCUUUAAGAUA